CGUUUCCGUGGGACCCUCAGCCUUGCAGUUCUGCGUGAUUUUGUCACUGGUAGUUCCAUUUAGUACCACUACUACAGUUUAGACUCGACGUGUGGGAUGGCGAAGAGUCAAAGACCGAAAGCAUGCCGGGCUGAACACGUUUCUCGAAGAUCACCUUUCUGUCGCGAAUUGAGAUUGAGAGCUUUGGCAGACAUGGUAUGCCUCUCAGCAUGAUAACAGUUGAGUACGAUCAAUCCAUGAAGUCAAAAUGCGUCCAAUCAGGGUCGAGUGCAUAUACAAGCAGACAUGCGACCUUCCAAGGGUGCUCUGCACCAUACGAUCUCAAUUACAAAUCAGGCCCCAUCAAGUCUUUACACCGCUUUCCCCUCAAAAGAGGAAGAAGCAAACCCGAUCCAUGUACCAUGGGAUGCCCCUUUGUGCAGCGCAUGGGAGAGCAUAAAGAUGAAUCUGUGAACGUAUACAGAUCUACCUACGUGCCGAUUCUACACACGAAGCCGCGUAUGUCUGCCUUGUACGCGAUGCCCUUUUUUUUGUUUCUGUUUUUCCCUCGUACUCGUCGUCCAGAUUCCUACUUUUGGCAUAUUUCGGCUGCGAUCCGAGAGCAUGGAACGCAUAACUCUGACCCUGAUGCAGCGACGGAGUGUAGACUACGAUUGUCGCAGGUGUAUUCACCACCAAGAAAUCCUGGGCAUGCUUCGAGCACCGAUUCUGGCUGCUCGGUACUUCAAGAUGUCCUUGUCGCGAUCGCCGCGACAUCUGAUUGGACUGAAUAAUGCAUGGUAUUCACCACACCACGCUAGCCCGGUCUUCCAGCACAUUCGUGCACUAGCAGCACUACACGAGUGUAGACCACCGACCUGACCAUGCGGCACCACGUUCCGGCAAC